AUGCUCGACCUGCCCUCGCUCUACUUUGGCGCCUUUGUCGGCGUCUUCGCCUUUACCCUCGUCGAGAUUUGCGCCCAGACGCGGCGCAUCGUGCAGCGCGCCCGCGCCUGGGGCUGGGCGAAUGGCUACCUCUACAUGAUUUGGUCCGAGGGCCUCGUCAACCUCGUCCUCGCCGUCAUCACCAUCCUGCACUUCAACGACCGCAUACCCGGCACCCUCGCCUUUUACUUUGGCACCGUCACCAUGUGGGCGCUGCAGACGCAGGUCCUCUCGCAAAUCAUUGCCAACCGCGUCUGCCUCAUCAUGGUCAGCCGCCAGCGCGCCACAUGGAUGCGCUGGGGGCUCUUCGCCCUCAUCCUCGGCGUCAACGUUGGUGUCUACGUAAUAUGGAUCCCGGCCUACCUGCCCAACGCCGGACCAGCCCGGAAGCGGCUCAAUGACAUUUUUGAAAAGUUUGAAAAGAGCUUCUUUUUGGUCGUCGAUCUCGGCCUCAAUGCCUUUUUCCUGUACCUGGUCCGAUUCCGCUUAAUCGCCGGCGGCCUGCCAAAGUACUGGGCUCUGUUCAAGAUGAACCUGGUCCUCAUUGUGGUUUCGACAGCCAUGGAUGCCGCCUUACUAGGGAUGCUAAGUCUAUCCGACCCUUAUGUGUAUGUGGCAUUGGCGUCCCGUAACAUGGCCAUUGGCAAUGCUGAUUCUCCUUACAGAUACGUGCAGUUUGCACCACUCGCUUACACUAUCAAGCUUUACAUUGAACUCGUCAUGACCUCCCUCAUCGCCAAGGUGGUGAGCAGCGAGGGAGCGCCCGGCCAGGUCGCCAGCAUCUCCGGGUACCCGUCCUUCCAGCCGCCGCUGCCCAUGGGCCACGCCGACAAGUACGGCAGCACCAAGAGCAUCUUUGGCGACAAGAGCAUCUUUGAGGGCGCCAGCUUCGCGCCGCCGGCCUCCAAGUUUGACGCGCAGUCGGUCCGCAGCGCCACGCUGUCGUACCACACCGACAUUGAGGGCCGCUACGAGGUGGCCGGCGACGAGGGCUACCUCGAGCCGGUGCCCGAGACGAGCAUCAUCAAGACGGUGACGACGACGGUCGUGUCGGAGGACAAGAACAAGCAGCCGGUCAAGAGCGUCGCCGGCAGCGUCCGCAGCCACAAGAGCCGCCUGCGGGCUGGCGCGUACGACGACUGGAUCAACGAGGAACCUGUGCCGCCCAUACCGGAGAGGCAAAAGUCCGUCUCGACAACGAGGAGCAAGUCGAGGAGAAAGCGGCACCCGCUGACGUCGAGGUUCAACCAGAGGCAGCGCUAA